UCGUCGAUAUGGCAAGUUUGAAAGUCGGAGCCGCCUACAUGUUCAUCGAAUAAGUUUCAGUCUCCUCCUAAUAAAUGGCCAUAUACUACACGCAUAAAAAACUGUAAAACGGCUCAGGACUGCACUCACUGUAAUACAUGCAAACGUUGUUUUCAUUUUACAUGUGCACAUAUUAAAGACCGUAUUACGGCCUAAGGAAAGGCGGGUUAUUUUUCGUGUGGACUUUGUUCGUUUAGUGAUGACUUGACUUUCAACUAUGACGGAUCAUUGCUCAGUUUCUAACAGUAUGAAUGGAGGUAAAGGUACAGGAAAGCGGAAACGAGAUGAAAAUAGUAACUACACGGUUUUGGACCUGGAUUACAAGGUAUUUAAUGAUCCUAUUCACGGCCAUAUUGAAAUCCACCCCCUUUGUAUGAAAAUUAUUGAUACACCAGAAUUUCAACGCCUACGCUAUUUAAAACAACUAGGCCCUUGCUAUUAUGUCUUCCCGGGUGCAUCGCAUAAUAGAUUUGAGCAUUCCAUAGGUGUUUGUCAUCUUGCUGGUGAAAUGGUUUGUAGACUUCAAAAACAACAACCAGAGCUUGGUAUAACGGAUGUCGAUGUUUUAUGUGUCAAAAUAGGUGGUCUGUGUCAUGACCUGGGUCAUGGUCCAUUCUCGCAUUUGUAUGACACUAGAUUUAUACAGUCAGUUAAUCCGGGCUCUAAAUGGACCCAUGAAAAGGCCUCGAUUCAAAUGUUUGAACAUUUGAUAGAAGAAAACAACCUAGAGAAAGAUUUUGAAGAAUACAAUUUGACGCGACAGGAUAGAGAUUUUAUCAAAGAACAAUUUAAUGGACCUUUAAAUGAAGAUAAAAUUUAUAAAGGUCGACCCGACAAGAAAUAUCUGUAUGAAAUUGUAGCUAAUAAAAGAAAUUCAGUGGAUGUAGAUAAAUGGGAUUAUUUUGCUCGUGACUGUUACAUGCUGGGUAUAAAGAACAAUUUUGAUCAUAAUCGUUUCAUGCGGUUCUUUCGUGUAAUCGAAGAUAAAAAUGGUGACCAGCAGAUCUGUCUCCGUGAUAAAGAGGUAGAGAAUUUAUAUGACAUGUUUCAUACCCGUAAAACUCUACAUAGUCGAGCUUAUCAACAUGCAGUUACACAGGCUGUGGGGUGUAUGAUUGUAGAUGCGUUGAUAAUAGCUGAUAAAUGUGAAAAAUUUAGAAUCCUCGGUACAGAUAAUACACCUCGACGUUUAAGUGAAUGUAUAGAAGACAUGGAGGCGUAUAAGAAACUGGAUGAUACAAUCUUUCAGCGAAUAAUGAGGUCGAGAAAACCGGGGUUACAAGGUGCCAGAGAUCUGAUAGAUAGAAUCCAGAAACGUCAGUUAUACCGAUGUGUUGGCUCGACGCAUCGUCCAGAAGGUCUAGAUAAGAAAGAAGAUAAGAAAUUGCUCGAAGAAAUUGCUGAGUUGGAUGGUGAAUUAAAACCCGAAUUUCUUACAUUGGCGUGUGUUCAUUAUGACUAUGGUAUGAAGAAUAAAAAUCCGGUUGAUAAUACCCGAUUCUACACGAAAUCCAAGCCUAAUGAGUGUAAAAGACUUCGGAAACAUCAGGUUUCUCAGUUGCUUCCAGAGCAUUUUCAAGAAGAUAUGAUUCGUAUCUUCUGCAAGGAACAUAAUCCACAAAUCAUCCAGGCUGCCAAAUCAGCUUUCGAAAAAUGGUGUUUUGAAAAUGAAUUGGUGGCUAAGACUGACAGAUGGGUUUUAACACCAGCCAAAUCCCAUGAUAUGAUGAGUUCGAGUCCGGCAGAUUCGGCAACUACAACUAGUCCCCAUAUUGGCGACAAAGAUAGAAUUAAAAAAAACAUAUUCGCCAUUAAUAGCAAUAAGAAACGCAGAAGACAAUAAAGAUCACAGAUUAAAAGAAAAGGGUGAAAUGGACUCGGUGUUGUUAUUUUUUUUAUUUCAUAUCUUGUAUUAUUUUUUUUUCAUAUCUUGUAUUUUUUUUUUUCAUAUCUUGUAUUUUUUUUUCAUAUCUUGUUUUUUUAUAGUUAUUUUAACUAACUACAGCUAUUAUUAUAUAGAGACUAUUUAGCUAUCUAUAAAGAGGUUAUUAAUUAAUCAAUAAAGGGAGGUUACUGUAAUGUAUAUAACCGUUUUAAAAUGUGUAAGUUUAUACAAAUAGGGGAUUUGAUGUAUUAAUUAUUGAGGACAUGGGUGAGGUCAGAACAAAAAGAUAGAGCUAGUGUUAAAAGAGUUAACCUGAUCCACUAUGUUUGAUGUUCAGGUUAGAAAAAAAAGGUUACACUUUGGAAAAUAUAUUAAAUUUUAAAAUUGAAACUCGUGGUCAUAUUCAAUAAUUGAUUUGCUCUGGCUAUCUCUAAGUACAUCAUUAGUGGAGAAUUAUAUAAUGCAUUUGAGACAAGCAGUGAAAACUAUAUUUUUACUAAAUUUUUUACCUCUAAACUUAACACUGACUCGCUGUUUUGACUACAGCCAAAUUUGUAACAUUAUCUUGGCUAUUAAUUACUCAAGUGAAGUGAAUCCAACAAUAUGGUGUCACUCUAGUGUUUCUCUAAUCUCAGCUCAUGAAACUUUUCCUAUUUUUUAAACAUGCGCUACAAUAGACCACUACCUCUGUCCCAUAGGGGUUAACACUUUAUCCAGGUAAAAGUAAGAUGUAAAGUGUUAUCUUAUUUUCAUAAAAUGUUGGGUUUUUUUCGUCUAAUAUCAUUAUUCCAUAUUAAAAAUAAAGCAAGAAUUAUCGAAGCAGGAUAAGCUGAAGCCAUGUUUAAAUGUGUUUCGGAUAACACCAUAAUAGUGUUGUCUUGAGACUCUACCUUGUAAUUUUAUCCACAGUUGAAUGGAAAUAAAGUUGUAAUUAUCUCC